GUCCCUGGGGGCGGGAGCUUCGGCUACGGGGGCCGGCGAGGGACGCGUGCGGGCGGGUGGCUAGGCUUCACGCGCCAUGGGUCAGCUGGGGGCUGGGCUGCUGCUGCGGUGGCUGCGGGCGCGUGGCUGCGUGAGGCCGGCCUUGCAGUGGGGAGAGCGCGUAGCGGGCGGCGGCGCCCGGGCCUGCAGCUCCAGGCACCCCCCGGAUGGCCUCGAGGGCCCGGCGCGCCGGCGCUCCUACUGGCGCUACGUGCGGCGUCUGGUGCAGGGAGCGCCGGAGCCGCCGUACCCGCGCGUGUGCCAGGUCGGGGACCCGGCGCUGCGGGCCGUGGCGGCCCCGGUAGAGCCGGCACAGCUGGCGGGACCCGAGCUGCAGCAGCUGGUGCAGCGGCUGGUGCAGGUGAUGCGGCGCCGCCGCUGCGUGGGCUUGAGUGCGCCGCAGCUCGGAGUGCCGCUGCAGGUGCUGGCGGUCGAGUUCCCCGAGGCGCUCUUCCGCGCGUGCGCGCCGCGCGUGCGCGAGGCCCGUCAGAUGGAAACCUUCCCCCUGCGAGUGUUCGUGAACCCCAGCCUGCGUGUGCUGGACAGCCGCCUGGUCACCUUUCCCGAGGGCUGCGAGAGCAUCAGCGGCUUCCUGGCCUGCGUGCCCCGCUUCCAGGCGGUGCAGAUCUCAGGGAUGGACCCCGGAGGAGAGCAGGUGGUGUGGCAGGCCAGUGGGUGGGCAGCCCGCAUCAUCCAGCAUGAGAUGGACCACUUGCAGGGCUGCCUGUUCAUUGACAAAAUGGACAGCAAGACAUUUACAAACAUCCAUUGGAUGGAGGUGAAUGACUAAAGCUUUCCUGCUGCAUCUGAGGACCCUGAAAACCAAGACACAAACAUUUUGGCUUUAAGCUGGGCAUGUCUUACCUGGCAUCCCCUUGGUAUUGGCUCUGCUCCGACAGAAAACAAUGGCCUGUCAAAGCAUGCCUUCCUGAGUUGGAGGAAGAUGUUAAUGUUUGCCCUGAAAUGAGCUAUGGACAAUGUAUUGCCUUCAACUUGAGAAGAAAAAUAACUCCCCUGAAGGAGUGGACAUUUCCUGGCAAUUUUGUAUGGAGAUAAAGAUGGGGCAGGGGCAAGUAAAUAGCCACUCUCAGUAGACAUGAUUUCAGAAGAGCUGUAUCAUCUGUUCCCAAAGCCAAGAUUAGAUAAUAUAGUCCCCAAACACCUGAAAGCUGUGUUUUAAAAUGUGGAUUAGGGCUGUGGUUGAUCGUCUUCACCAAAUUCUUACAUUUACAAAGGGCUCAAGUGUGUUACCUGCAUAGUCUCCAUUUGUUUUGGAUACCAGUUUGCCUGUGGAAGUAAAACACAGGACAGAAUGUCCCCAGUUCAAUGACAAUAUUAACGUAACUGAGUAUUCAUACAUUUUAACAGGUUCAGAUACAGUUUAGGUCUCCAGCUUUUGCUUUCCACCUUUAACAGACCUGGGGAAGACUUUUCUGCUGAGAUCUCUUAGGCAGCUGGUACUUGGCUCAUUCUUUGGAUGGAGGCCAUGGAGCAGGGCUGGGGGAGGGGUGAUAUAGGUUUCCCCACGAUCUGAAAGAAGAGUGUUCUGAUGAAACCUUUCCUAAGCUGAAAUAGCAUAAAUUAAAGAAGCAGUUACCUUAGGACACAUCUUGCUAACAGAUGCACAAAAUAAAUGGAGAUAAAGCACAGAUUGUCACAGAUACAGUUCAAAACUGUGGUGGCUUGAUGCUGAGCGCAGCUCCCAGGUAAGGAGCUUGACGGUGCCACUCUGGCAGCUCUGAGUGCGUGCUGCUUCUAUAAUGGCUCACUGCAAAACAAAAGCUGAAUGCUGUUUCAGCUUUCACCUUUUUCGUAGAAGUGAAAAUCCUCUUCAAAUUUCUUUCCAUUAGUGAAAACAGGUACUAAUAUAGGUCUUUCAUAAAAGCAAAGCAGUGUAAAGUGAAGUUACAAAAAGUGGGGGAUGCCUGUAGUUGAGAAGGAGCAAAGAGCCUCUUCCUGUCACAAUUAGGGCAGAAACAGAAAGCAGAACUUGUGCUUCCUCGUCAGCACACUUAUUCUGAAAAAAAUAAAUUAGCAUGAUGGUGACCAGUGUUUUAGCUUUAAGAUUCUGUCACAGCUUUGUCAAGAGGUUAAGGAACUCAUUUCUUUUGAUACUUGUCUUACCUCAUUUUUAUGUUGAGUUUUGCCAUGCAGGUACUCUUACCAAAGUCCUCAAAAUCCAAGUACCCAUAGAGUAAGAAGUCCAGUAAGUUGUUUAGAGAAAAUGUGUUUUAAACAGUAGUUAAUUAAAUGACCCCAGGAAAGACCCAUUUUCCCCCAUGGCUUUCUCUAAACAGCCAAGCCUGGGGGCCUGUGAGGCCAAGCAAAAGAGAACUGGCUCUCUGUGCAUCACACUUCAGAAAGAAACAGGGCCCAGCACUGCCCUGAGGUGAGGACAGAGACUCAGCCACCUGGGAAUCUGUAGUGAGCUCUCACGUAUACUGAAAACACGUAUCCUUAGGAAAGUUAGAAUUCAGUGAGCCUCCUUUCUAUUGGACACUGUUCAGAAGCUCCUGCAGGAUGGCAUCAGAACAUUCUGAAGAUUCCUUACAGGCUCUGCGGUUAACAGUCCUUAGUAAUGCCUUUGUAAUGCAGAUCGGUAGUAUUUGCCUGAAGCUUCCUGAAACAAGGCCUAAAAGUAAAUGAUUGCCCAGGGUGGACUGUGGAGAAAGCCUGAGACUACGCUGCUGACAAUAUAUGAAAUUUACUGUUGUAACCAAAUCCACAUACAAGGAAGGAUUUGAUCAACUGGCCCAAGACACUACAACCCAAAGACAACAAAUUCUUGCAUUUACAAGAAAGAAAAUCUCUCCCACCUUGGCCAGAGAUUAUCAGCUGCAAAACCACACAGAUCACCACCUUGAGCUAAUAAAAGUUGUAGAAGUCAAUCAACUUCCACAGCGAAAAUCAGUGUAGGCAGAAGGCUUAGAACAGAAUUCCCAGGUAGGGAGGAAGUGAAUUUCAGAGCAAGCGCUUAGGGAAGGAAAUUCCUCUGCACAUAUUAGCCACAUUGAGCAUAGCCACCGUGCCAGCCUCAGUAGUGAACAGAACAUUCAUUUGCCCUGUUACUGGUGGUAGAGAGAUAAAUGGAAAGGCAGGGCAGCUGUGAAGGCUGUGACUAGAGCUGUGAGGAUGAACCACAGCAGUCCUACAGUUUCUGCUAACCCCUGUGACUUGCCAAGGUGUUCAAGCAGUAGAAAUAAGGAAGCAGGUUAAGAAAAAAAAAAAAAAGGCAAGAGCCUUCUGAUUUAAGUAAAGGUAACCAGACACAACUAACUAAAAUGAAGCAGUACAAGGAGGGGGUGGUUUAUAGACCAGCAAUUGGCGGCUGAAGGCACAUAACUAAUCAAGAAUAUAAUAGGGGAGCUCCUGAGUGAGUGACAAAGAUCCCAGCCACAGUGACAUCUGGAGGUCAGGCCUGCUGAUCCACCAGCACUGGAGAGGAACACUGGGCCUAAGCCUUCAAGGAACCAAGCAAAAGUUAAACACCACAGUGCAAAGCUAACAAGAUCAAGAGGGGCCACAUAAUCAGCUCUGGACCAUUCUGGUUGAAGAUACAGAGGAAGAAUGCUAGGUUUUGGAGUGGGAGGAGAGCUACAGCAACCAGAUGCCAGGCUGCUUCUGCUGCCCCUCAGACAGCACUUCCAGGGCUGCUAGCUCUGGAGCCUUGGCUGUCUCACUAUCAGGAGUCACAGAUUCAAAUGGCCCCAGGGGCUGAACAGGAAAUGCAAAGGAGUGAGGCAGUCCGGGUGGGGACGCGUGAGCUGGAGACCACAGUCCUCCUAUGAACAAGAAAGGCCCUGCUCAGCUGCAGCUGAUAGGCUGCCUCAUGGGGAUUCAGGUCCAGCGUUCCCUAAACUACUGUUUCAGAAGCCAGAGAUCUAAAUUUUUAUGUCAACCUGACUUUAAAUAUUGGCAGCAGACCAAACCAAAGCACAACUGCAGGCCACGUCUGGCCCACAGGCUUCCCAGUUUGCAGCCCCUGAUCUGUAGGCUGAACAACAAGAAUCGCCCAAGUCCCUUAAACACCCCCACCGCACUUCUGAGGCCUUGGGGGAAGAAAGGCCUCGUGAACCUAACUGGAGAACAGGCCCGGAAACUGCAGCAGCUGGUGACGUUCCUGUUUACUUGCUACUCCACUGAAAAGGGAGCAGACCCCAGAGGAUCUUUCUAGUAGAAGCAAGGGUGGCCUUCAAAGAGC